CUAGGGUUUACCGCUCCGCCGGCGAUGUCCGACGCCGAUGAGCUGGAGGGCGCCCGCCGCCUGGCGCUGCUCGCCUUCGCGAAGCUCUCUCAGUACGGGCCCAGCGCGUCCUCUGCUCCUACCGCCGAUCUCCCGCGACUCCUCAGCUGCUGCUUCCAGUUGCUGCGCCGCCUGGACCACGCCGACCUCGACCUAGCCACCAGAUGCGCCGACCAUCUCCGCUCCUUCAUCCACAGCGUCCUCUCCCGCGACCCCGGCCCCUCCCUUCUCCCGGCCCUCGAGGUGUUAUUUGAGAAUCUUGCGGAUGCCAACCAGCUGAGGGGGAGUUACACCAUGCUCGAUGAUGAUGCCACACAGAAAGGGUCGAGGAUCUCUACCGUGGCCAAAACAUGCCAGUGUGAGCUCCGAAUCAACCUGGAGCUCAUGUCCCACCAUUUCAUUUCAUCUUUGCAAGAUGAGGUGGGAUCUGAGCAGUUUUUGGGCGCACUCGAUUGGUCGGAGAAGGCAACGCAGCGCAUCCCAGAACUUGGCUUGGCUACAGCUUUUUCCCUAGUCCGAAGGAGCUAUUCGUUCUCUAUGCCUGUCAUUGCACAAGCUCAUUUUGUAUUGCUUGCGGCCAGAUGUGUUGCCAAUGGGGAUCUGGACCUGCAUUUGCAAGUGUUUCAGCAUACCAUGAGUGCUUAUUUGAUAUGCUUGCCAUCAUUGGGUGUUUUCGACAGAAACAAUGCCAUGAAAACCCCGUUCAGUUACUGGGCCAACACGAGACCUCCUAACUCUUGCAUCCCAGACGCGACUAAUCAGAAACUAAACUGUCAGAUCGAUAGGCUGCUUUCUUGCUGCAAGGCGCACUCUGAUGAUGGCCUGCACCUCAAAGAGACGGAUGCAUUUGAUAUUUGUGUGAGCUUCAUUGAAGAGAGCCAGCAUAUGUUUCCCGAACAACUGAGGCAGGAAGCUGUCAUUAUUGUCAAGAGAAUAGUGUUAAAUAGCCUUGGUUGUGCUAAGCAGAAGGAGACACAUGGAUUGGAUGCUAAAGUUUCAGAGGAGGUGAUCUACCUCGCUGCUGUACUUAGGCUAAUGGGUUCUUCUUUUCUAGAGAUUCUUAACUGUCUUAGGAAAAUGAGGGUUGAAGAUGGCAUGCAACAUGAGAAAUUCACCGUGCUUUGCAUAUCUGAAACCAUCCGCUUGCUUGGGCAAUAUGAAGCUAAUGGACUUCAUAGAGAUGACUUGUUUGGCAGGUUUGACAAGCCUGUUGACAGGGAAAUGCCCUUGGUGUCGAUGCUUUUUCAUUUUGCUAGUCUAUUAGUCUUUUGUUUGAGAAUGAGGUUUGGUUUUCUGUGGAAAGGUUGCAUUAUCAUGCUGAUGAUGACCAUGAAUCUUGUGAUUGAUCAAGAGAGAAGUCUGAGUGCAUUUCAGUUUCUUAUUGCUUCAAAAGAUUCUGCAACUCCUUCCAUUCACCAAGAGGACAGUUUGAAGGUUUCUGUCCCCAGAAAGUCAAUAGCGUCACAGUUCAACAAUUUACGUAAACUUCGUGUUGGAGGUGACAGCAGUUUGGGCGCCCCUCAGAGGUGUAAAUCUCGAGACGGAAGAGCCAUUUUCGAGCUCAUUCCAGGAUACAAACAAAACUCUUCAGAGUGGGAUGAUCUUGUGGAUUUUGUUGAAUGCGAUGAAGAUAUGGAUUAUUCAAGUUGGUUUAUGCAGCGGGCCAAAUUCAAGGAGUAUAAGGACACCAAAUGGAAGAGAAGCAAGCGACCCAGCGAGAACUCCUCCAAGAUAAGGGAACUCUGUGCGAAUAAAAGUGAAAGGCGGAAGCCCUCACGGUGACUCAUCUGGCUGGAUUCCAUGGAUUGGCCCAAAUAACAGAUUGCGUACUAGUCCUGCCUUGUUGUUUGAAAUGAAACUGUUCUGUGAUGUGAUAUAAGUGAAAGUAUGUCCAUUUACAGAAGUGUAUAUAUGACAGUUGACUGCUGAUCAGGGAUCUUCUUAGCCGUUAAUUUUUUGCGCUGUGCUUUCAUGAAAAGAAAAGACAAUUAAGGAAAAUUGUUCUGUGUUUUCAUGAUGUUAUCUGAGUUUGAAGGGUUUUAUCAUUUCUUAAAUUGUUUUGCUAUAUCUUAGUCGACCACAAGAAAACUACAAGUCGACAUUAAGAACCAUCUGAUUGAAAUAUUUGGAUUUAAAUAAGUAGGGAUGAGAAGAUCAUCAUCUAACAACUAUGAAUGUCGACUGAGAAGUUAUAACUUUUUUGUGAAAAUUAUAUGAUCCAGUGGUGUUCGAGCUGUUCGUAUCUUUGGAAUAUGUGCAGCCUUGAAUUUCAACGGUCAUACUAAUUAUUCCUGUGAUUUAUCUAUCUAUUUGCAAUGGUCAAACUAUAAUGGAUCUUUGAUACUGUUUGAUCUGCAUAUGCUUCAUGGCUGGUCUUAGCUGCAGUGUUCUUCUUAGAACUGUGCAUAUGUUCUGAUGUGCAGGACAUCUGUGACUGAGACGGUGAUGGACAAUUAUGUGUCUGAAUAUGACCGAAAUUGAGGUACAAAUUCAGUUUUUGGUCAACUGGAAAUUUGGGAAAUACUCAGUCCUUAUUGAAGCUAUAUGACUUGUGAUUAGAUGGUUUACAGAUAUCAAUGUGAAGGUGUGACGACAACUUACUGUCUAUGUGCCUCUUGCAGAUGAUGGAUACCAUUUUUUUCUGCAGACGAGGUGCAGGUACAUGUGUAGGACAUUGUUUCCCUGAUAUAUUAACGAGGUGCUGAUGUUAUUGCAAAAAAGGCAAAUAACUUUUGAUACAGGAUGAAUUCAUGAAUGAAUUCCAGGGUUUUGGAAGGAAAUCCAGGCAGCACCUUAUUCAUUGUAAGGUGCGUGGACCGGUUCGUGUUCUGACCUUAGUAACUAGUUCUGCAGCGAUAUUACUACUCCUACUUAUAUUGCCGAUUCUUAAUGUAUUCUUAGAUGGAGCUUGAUGAGCACAUGCAUGUCUGAAAUUAUUUCAUAUGACUGCUCUGAUGAAUGAGCACUUUAUUAGUAGGAUUUGGAGGUUCAUCUAUCUUGUCAGUUCACUACUAGUAUCUCAAAACCAGUACCACUUCAUUAACAGUAUUCUUCCUUACAGUCUGAUUAUUUUGGAGCAGUUCAAUUUGAUUUGGUUGGGAUGCGCCAGGCCUGGGCAGUAGUGCACCGUGAGAACAAACCCAAAAGAAUAGCCAAGCCGAACCAUGUAAACGUAGCAGGAUGAAAGUUAAAAUGUUGUAUUGUGUAACUACGUGAAUGGUCUCUCUCUGAAUAUUAUACCCUAUAUAAAAGCUAAACGGUUUAGGCGUCUGAUAUUGAUUUGGCCACUGUAGAUUGCAUAAUUUCCGUCCGUUUUCUUUCAUUCCCUGAGCGACACGUGUUCCGUUAUUUUUCUUUGCCUCCAACGAUUAUUUUUUCAUUUAUUUUUAGAGAGUCGGGCGAUGUAUUAGACUAUGUAUUAUUAACUGCCUCUUUCGGUUUCCUUUCCUUACUUCACGUGUUUGAUUUUGUUCAGUCAAAGCGGUGGUAGACCCCACCACCGAGCAAUCGAGACAGUUCUGGAUUGGGUCGUGGCAAUGAGCCAGCAUCUUUGGACUAUUCCCCACCAUCUCCGCCUCCAUCGGCCUCUCCUUGGAGCUUUCCCUGGUCGAGAAUUCGAGAUCGCGACCGAGCUCUUUCUUCCCCAAUACGCACAACCAGCCCGGGCAUCACCUC